AUGGCCAACACAGAUCCCUCCCAACUCAACAGCGACCCUGACCGUCUCCGGUUUGCUUACUGGGUCCCCAACGUCUCCGGCGGGCUCGUCAUCUCCAAAAUCCCCCAACGCACCUCCUGGGACCUCCCCUCCAACCUACGCUACGCCCGCGCCGCCGAAUCCGCCGGCUUCGAAUACGCCCUGACCCAAAUCCGCUUCACCGCCUCCUACGGCGCCUCCCACCAGCACGAGUCCGUCUCUUUCUCCCAGGCUCUCCUCCACGGCACCAGCAAACUGAAAGUGAUCGCGGCGAUCCUCCCGGGCCCAUGGAACCCGGCCGUGGUGGCGAAGCAGAUCGCGAGUAUUGAUAACUAUACCGAGGGCCGGGUGGCGGUGAAUAUUGUGUCUGGGUGGUUUAAGGGGGAGUUCACGGCGAUUGGGGAGUGGUGGUUGGAUCAUGCGGAACGGUACCGGCGAUCGAACGAGUUUAUGCAGUGUUUGCGGGGGAUCUGGACGGCGGAUCCGGAGGAAGGGUUCACGUUUGCGGGGGACUUUUAUCGGUUCCGCGGGUAUAAGUUGAGUCCGAAGCCGGUGCAGCAGCCGCAUCCGGAGAUUUUCCAGGGGGGGAAUAGUGAUGAUGCGAGGCGGAAUGGGGCGGAGGUGGCGGAUUGGUAUUUUAUGAACGGGAAUGAUCUGGAAGGGUUCAGGGCGCAGAUUGAGGAUGUGAAGGCGCGAGCGAGGGCGGUGGGCCGUGGGGAGCAUGUGAGGUUUGCGGUGAAUGGGUUUGUGAUUGUGCGCGAGACGGAGGAGGAGGCGGUGCGGGUGUUGCAGGAGAUUCAGGGGAAGGCGGACGCUGAGGCGGUGAAUGCGUUUGCGGGGGAGGUCAAGAACGCGGGCGCCAGCACGGCUAACAAGACGGGCAUGUGGGCGACCAGCACGUUUAAUGAUCUCGUGCAGUACAAUGACGGGUUCAAGACCAAGUUGAUCGGGACCAAGGAGCAGGUGGCCGAGCGGAUUGUGCUGCUCAAGAGCCUGGGCGUCAAUCUUGUGCUGACGGCUUUCCUGCAUUAUGAAGAGGAGGUGGAGCAGUUUGGGCGCGAUGUGCUGCCGCUGGUCAGGAAGCUCGAGGCCGAGGACAGGGGCAAGGAUGCCGCGUAUGAGAUUGAGCAGACCGGCGACGUGUACCGGAAGAAGAGCUCAUAG